UUAUGGGUAGUGGCGCGAAGUCAGGAAUACUGUGGAUAGAUGAUACCUUACAGCAGAGCAGGAUUAAAACGCAAUAAAUUUAAUCCCAUCAUGCCAGAAAAGGACAGGCGGGCCCAGACUGAAGUCUUUCCUGCUGUCAGAUAUAAAGCGUUCGAUUAUGUUUUUGAGGCCAGCACCAGUAUGAAGGUCACGAUGAACCUGCUGGCUCUGCCAGCACCUUACAUGACUGGUACCGGUGACCUGUACCCCCACAGUGGAAAGCUACCUGAAGACACCUACAGGACACCGUGGGUCAGAGGACAGGUUAUCUCCACCUGCAGACUCAGUGUUGGUGGGUCUGUACUCGAUGAUCUGAGAGGAAAAAAACAACCAGUAAAUUCACCUGAAAGAUUUGAUGUGAAAGACAGUGUGGAGGUGAUACCCAGCUCUAAUCCUGACUCACUGCAGGAUUUAGAUGAAGAUUUGUAUGUUUGCCUUUUAAAAGACUCACAGACCGACGGUCCAUGUCAGGAAUCGUUUUUUAAGUGGACACCUGACGAGAUCACGCUGCAGGAUAAGAGCGAAGACCUCCUCUUGUCAGAAGAGCUCAUUGCAGUCAAUCACCUGGCAGAGUUUAAGAGACAUUUACCCACGCUGACCAUCAUGUUGUCCAGAUUGAGGACACUUGCUGUAGCUGAGCCUCUGCUGAGCUCAUCGGGAGACACCAUCUCAGAAAACAACAUGUUCAGCUGUUUUGAGGACUGCACAUGUUAUGAAAAACUUCCAGAGGUGGACGCCAGCGAUGUUCAGACGUGUGCAGACAUUCAAGAGGAGUUUGUUAAAGAGCCACUCGUGAAGGGAGAGUUGUUGCUGUUGCCUGCUGUAGUGGAUGUUUGUCAGCUGACCACAGAAAACUGCACAGCGUUUUCAAGCAUCUGCAGUCGUGCGAAUGUUUGCACCGAGCUGAUGGAUGAGGAGGUUCCAGUCCUAGAUGUGCUGCAAAAAGCUUCUCUUUCAAAUCCUUCAGUGGAGAUUUCCAAGUUUGAUGUACCUGAAGAAUCCAAGAUGAAUGGAGGUGUGAUUGAGUCAGAAUUUGCAGGAUGUGAUGCGCUUCCAGCCAAAAUGGAGCUGGAGUCGACUCUGACCCCGACUCCCCUGAAGAGACAAACUCACAUCUGUCCGUCCACCUCUGAACUCCAGAAGGAAGAGCUGUCUCCUUGUUGCAGAAUAUCUUUGGUGUCACCAAGAGCUCAGAAAGAGAUGAAGGUGGCACUUUGGAAGGCAGAGAAGCACCCGGCCUUUGUGGUGGGCUUUCUGUUAUCAGAGCCUCAAAUUUAUGAGUCAGCUGUUGACUUCCAGCCUCUGUGGGAAGCCUUAAAAGUUACCAAAUUGGAGAAAGAAAGUUUUAUCAGCACUGCUGACAGACUGGAGAUGGGAGUCCUGCAGUUAUCUUUGAGCUGCUGCUCUGAGUUCACAGAGAGCUUGAAGUCUGAGUUUCCCUCCACCAGAGAGGAAACGGUGGAAGAUUUCAGCAAACUGCCACCUGAACACGUGGAGGUUGACUCCAUUCUAAUAAAGCCCACAACUGAAGCUCUUCUCCAAAAGGAAACUGCUGUUGAUUCAUCUCUGAACGUCUCCCAGAAGCCUGCGCUCAGCACGGUGAAUAAGGACGUGAAACCAGCUGCUGCCAUCAGCGCCAAAGAUGUCAUUGGUGACAAGAUGUUCUCAGAAGCUGCAGCCUGUUCUUCAGCUCAUAAGAAAGUCACCAACAGAGAAGGAAAUGACUAUAAUAUAGAGCUGAGUGCCCACAUUUCUGAGCAAGCUGUCCCCUCCACACUAAAUACCAGAGAUGGUCACAGAGGUUUGCUGUUUACAAGACAUCCACCAGAGCUGGACCUCGACCCCCUGGCCACCUUCAUGAUGCUGAGGUCUCAGCAGAUCGCUCCCAUUACUGCACCACCUCAGAGCCCAGCCAGCACUGCAGAGGACGUUGUUUCAAAGAAGGCUCUAGAGAUCUCAGCGCCUGAGGUGAACCAACAAACACCAUCGUCACAGCUGCAGCCUUCUCUGGUGCAGAAUCAAACACUGGAUGCGAGGCCAGCCAACACGAAUGCUGCGUCUUCCAGAAAUGCUUCCAGAGAGGAAAAACCCGCUGCUCCGUGGACGGGUCAACUCCUUGGAAAACCACAGCAGAGACAGGAAAGCCAAGUAGUUAAGGUCAAAGCUACAGACAGCCAGCAGCGAGCCUACUGUGAGCUCCUGGCCUUCGCUCAGCCUUGUCUGAGCUCUGCCAGACAGCUGGGGCUCAACUUCCCGGGGUGUGAAGACUUCAGCUGCUUGGCACCAGACCAAACUCACUUCCUCCUCAAACAACAGGAGAGGGCGCUCUGCAGGACCCCAGCACAGACUGCAGAACUGAUCAAAGAUCAGGAAGUGCUUUUCAACCAGGUGGCUCUGAUCCAUGUGCUGGUGACAUUUAAGGAGAUGCUGCUGAAGUGCGACCUCAGUACGGGUCUGGAGUACCUGACGAAGGCAGCUGAGGCGUGUGCAGAGCAGAGUCUGCAGCAGCUGCUGAAGAGGCUGCACAUCAUCCUCUACCUCAGUCAGAAGAACCAAGAGCCCAGCCUCAAACUGCAGAAGCUGCAGCAGCUGGUGGCUGAGUGGCUGAACAGCAGGAAAGGGCAGAACACCUCAGAUAAAAUUCUUAUCAUCGUAUCAGUUGACUCUGAUGGCAGCAGAUUAACAAUAAUCAGCAGCUUGAACCAGGUUACAGGUGCAGCUGCAGUUUGUCCAGAGCAGGAUGAGAAAAAGCUGAACGGUGCCGCUGUAGUCAGCAGUGUGCCUGACAGUGUGUGUGUGGUGGUGUAUGAACAGGAUAUUGGCCCCAACUUCCCCUGGACCUGUUUCUCUCUGGUGGUUGAGUACGACCAUCCAGGCCAGUCUCCGUGGUCUGCGAUCUGUAGGGAGAGGAGCAUCAGCCACCUAACGUUCAACACCAGCGUCUGUGCUGCUGAGAAUACCUUGUGGUGUCUGGAGGACAAUGUGCCAUACGUGUUAUUCGUGACGGAGGGGCUUCUUAACUGUCCGCUGCUGCUGCAAACACUCGAGUCAGGCGAUGGUGAGCUGCUGUUUAGCUGUGCGGUGAAACGUGUCUGUCGCAGGUUCAAUGUGACGGUGCUGGAGAGGAGCCACUCUCCUUCCCUGCAGAUGCUCGGGGGGAUCCACAACUACACGGUGAUCACAGUGGAUGAAAGCACCGCCAUUGUCAUUCAGCAGCAGGAUGAACUGUGUCACGAGCGAGCCAGUGAGGGGCUGGUGAUGAGGCUGACUGCUCUCUCUCUUCAGUACAGCUUGUGCUGGCUCAUUCUCCACUGCCCAGACAGUCAGGGAGGAGGAUUUUCCAGUGAAGCCUUCAACAACUUGGUGUUGGUCUAUUCAUCUCUGGUGCUGUUCAGCAUGAAGUCUGAGGAUCUGGAUGUGAAGGUGCUGAUAGUGUCGGAUCUUUUGGAAAUAGCAAAGUCCAUCAGUCGGAUUUGCUUCCACCGCCUGAUGUCCAGUGACAGAGAGCCUCUCAGCUUCCUGAAUAGAGACUGGCUGACUGUGAUGCCCUCACAGGAAGAAAAGAGCUUGUCACAGUUCCCUGGCAUCAACCCUCUGGUUGGACAGCUGAUGCUGAGCAGAGCUCCAUCCUUCCAGUGGCUCCUGGCGGCCUCUCUGUCUCAGCUCAAGGAGCUGCUCCCUGAGGUGCCACAUAAAGUGCUCAAGCUGUUCAGUGACACCACCUCCCUGUAUCCGCUGGCAGCAGAUCCAAAAUACCCUCAGACCUUUACCACUGAAAUAACCCAACAAAGCGGCCCACAGACCAAUACUGAUGAAUAUGAAAGCAUGAAGUCCCCCCAUCCAGACCUGCUCUGUAGCAACCAGAAUACCACCUUCCUGUUCGGAGUCACGGAUGCAGAGGAGAGCUUCUUUAAACAAGACCCGACACUCCAGGAUGGCAAUUCAGAUUUCAGACUUGACCUGAGUGAUUCUGUUGGCAGCCCAGAUGUUUAUUUCCAGGGAAGCUGGACCACGAGUGAUCCACGGAAAGAGGACGGGAAGCUUUCUGGCUGGAGGAGCCUACCCGGGGUGGUGGGGAGGGUUGUUGAAAGAUCAGUCAAUGAGUGGACGCACAGGGCUCCACCAAACGAUUACACCUUGUCUUUACACCCUGCUGACACUCCGUUCAAACUGGACUCCACCUUCAGUUCCAGUCCCAUCCUCCAGAAACCAGCCAGCACCCAAAUGUCCACAUACCCUACACUCUACAAUGACCUUUAUCCUCCCAGCCAGCACAGUUUGAGCCCACCUACAGGUGUCAUGUGGGGUCGAGGUCCAAUUGGUAGCACCUGCUUCUCCAAGGAUGGAGGGAUGACAUCAUUUUCAGUGAACUACAGCUACAGAUGCUGGACAGGACGGGAGAGGAAGAGAAGUGCAGAGACGGCAGGCUUGGCUGGAUCAGUGUUGACACCACUGAAGAAGGAGGGGCGGCUGAGCUAUGAGAGGGUGCCCGGCAGAAGUGAUGGGCAGACCAGACUGAAAUUAUUUUAGGCAAGAAUGGGGGAGAAAAAAAAACAUGUAAUCUUAAAGUUUAGGCAUGUUUAGCCUGCAGUGUUUUAUUCAGAUUACAUUUUAGUUUCCUGACAAAAACAUCUAAAUUUUAGAUGUUUAUUCCAUAAAUAAUUGUACUUCUGUGAGUUCAUUUUUGUUAUCAAAAACGCUAUUAGUUAAAAAGAAUUAAUUGCAUUAAAGUUCAAAAACAAAAUCAUUUGAAUUGUUUAUUUCAGUGUAAAAAAACAAAACAAAAAAAAACUGCUGUU